AUGUACGUGGACGACUUGGCUAUAGCUGCCCCAGACGUUAAAGAGCUCGAUUGGUUUGAAGAUCGCUUACAAUUACGAUUUGUCACCAAGCUAAUGGGCGAAAUAUCAAUGAUCCUCGGAAUUAAGGUUACUAAAGACAGAGCAAAAAGGACUGUUGAGCUUGAUCAAGAGAUAUACUUAGAUAAAGUCUUGAAUAAGUUUGAGAUCUCGAACCUCGUUUCUAAUAUGAAGAAUUACAUGCAAGACCUAGCAGAACAUCACGCUUUAGCGCUAAAGCGCUUGAUGCGUUACUUACGGUUCACUAUCUCUUUCGUUAUCUCUUUCGGUCCUUUAAAGGACUUAAUGGUUUACUCGGAUGCAGACUACGGUAGCGAUAAGGAUAAUAAGAAAAGCAUCUCCGCUAUAAUGAAAGGAGACAACCAAGGCGCUAUUGCACUCGCUAAAAACCCUUAUCUUACGGAACGAUCAAAACAUAUCGACAUCGCUUAUCAUUAUGUUCGCGACUUAGUAGACCAAAGGAAGUCUUCCUUGUCUUAUAUACCUACAGCAGAAAUGGCCGCCGAUGGUUUUUCUAAACCUUUACCGAAAGUCUUGUUUCAAAGAUUUGUUAGGAUGAUAGGCGCUAUUGAGAUAAUCCACACGAAUCAGAAUCGAUUUUUGAGAGUCCUAUAA